AUGGUUGAACCAAUAGAUGCCAUCUUUGAGGAGAGAGAGGAGCUCAUGGUGUCACCAACUGGUAGCAACCCAACUCUGAGAACAGCCCAUUUUCUUAAACCCUCUGUGUCUUCCAUUGAUGAACUUCCUUCACCUUUUCACUCUGCUGAACCCACCAUUUCUGACGUUGAAAAUUUGCCUCUGAAGCUUCAUUUCAAAGGUUGGCAUCGUAUAGAUGAGAAGUGGAAGAUGUGGGUUGCAAGCUUGCAUUCUAAGUACCAAUCCAUAUGGAAGGAAGCUGGAAUAUAUGAAGCAAUAAUGGGCUCCAAAUAUUUUAUCUCUAAACACCAAGAUUUGGUUCUUGGUCUUGCUGAAAAAUGGUGUCCUAAGACCAACACAUUCAUCUUCGCUUGGGGAGAAGCCACUGUGACUUUGGAAGAUAUGAUGGCUUUAGGGGCUACUCUGUUUUGGGUGACUCUGUUUUAUAAAGCCCUUUUCUUACCAAAGAGAUGGAAGAUUUCUAUGAAAUCUUGCUCGAAGCACACAAAACAGUUUCGUACAGUUGCUUCAACCCCGGUCAACAAGCCUAGUUGGAACAUAUUAUGGGGAGUGGGAGUAAAGUUGAGCAUGAAGCAUUCCUUUCUUUCAUAUUGGUUGUCUAGGUUUGUCUUCCCUAUGCCUCUGUGUCGCAUUGGAAAGCAAAAUUUUCCAAAUGCAAUACUCUUGGCUAGAGGAACUCGAAUUGCGCUUGCUUCAGCAGUCCUUUCCAGUAUUUAUACAGAUUUGGGUUUGCUGAAAGAGAAAUUAGUUGCCUCAACAAAACUGGAUACAGAAGAGGUUAAUCUUUUUGCACCUUUUCAAUUUGUCCAGCUUUGGGCUUGGGAGAGAUUCCCAGCACUACAGCCAAGUCCCAUAUCCAUCACACAAUGUGAGCCAAGGCUUGCCCGCUGGUCCAAACUGAAAAAAGUGAGUAUUGAGAAUGUGAGGUUGGUUAUAGACUCUGCAGGAGAAAGUUUUCAGUGGCGCCCUUGUGCUAUAGCAGUGAAUCAUAAUUGGUUGUUUCCUAAGUUCUAUGGAGAAAAAGAACAGUGGGUGUCAGUUGAUGCUGCUUUCGACAAAGAGUUGGAGUCGUUUGCUCGAUGCUUAAGAGUCUGA